UAUUUUGUGUUGUUUACCUUGACGCUUUUCAGAAAAAUAUGUAGGGUCGAUUGUUAAAAUUAACACAGAUAACGCAUAGUAUAUUGAUAUAUUCUUACUAACCGCCUAAACAUGUAACAUUUAAAAUUGUUAACCCUAACACAGUGGUGUGGUGUGGUGUUUGCUUUCACGAGUGUAUUGGUUAAAGUCAAACAUCUAUUAGAUAGAGAUCCAUUUCCAUAUCAACGUGAAAUUGUUUACAUUUCUGUAGGGAAAACCGGAAAAAGCAGACAACAAAAUCAGCCAAGUGUGGCGGAUGUAAAAGUGGCAGAAGAAGAAAAAAGAUGACACCUGACGGAGAACAAGAGGAAAAAGAAGUCGAAAUUCUGCUUCCAAACACCACAAUCGUUACACACUGUAUUUUGAAAAAUGAUUCACAAAGAUUUGUGAGGUGUUUUGAAGAUGAUGAGGAUGCUUACAAAGACACCGUUGCUGAGUUGAUAAAUCAACGUGGAGAAGAUGGAAAAUCGCCUCUUGAUCUUGCAGCAACUUUAGGGCGUGGUGAUAUUUCGAGGGAAUUGAUUCAGCGAGGGGCAGAUGUUUUGGCAGUUAACUGUCAAGGUUAUUGUGCUAUGCAUCAUGCAGCUGCCUGGGGAAAGUUAGGUGUACUGAAAGUUUUGGUAGAAGCACUAUCAGAUUUACAGCAGAAGAACAUUCAUGGAGAAAGACCAAGAGAAACAGCCCUCAGAUAUAACAAAACUGAAUGUGUUGACUUUUUAGACUGGGCUGAAGCUAAAGUUGACCUGCAAAACUUCAUUAAAACAACACAAGAAACUCUGGCAGAUGGAGAGAAAGUCCAAGGGAGGUUAACCAAAGAUGACAAAAACAUCAUAACAAAUACCUGUAAAGAGAAGGCUGAAUGGGUAGAUAGGACAACUGAUGCUACAACUAAAGACUUUAUAACACAGAAAAUGGCACUCGAGGAAGUUAUCAAUCCUAUCAUGCAAAAACUCAAUGAACCUCCCUCAGAAAGGAGCGAAAAAAGGUAAAUAGCAGCCACAGCAGCUACACAGUGUCCAGAAGGAGGAGUUUACUGUGUGAAAAGACUUUAUUGAUACAUCAUUGUGUAUUUCGUUAUUAUUUUUAAUAAAAAAAAAAAUGUUUUGAAUAAAUUGUUGAAAUUACA